AUGUUCCCGAACAGUGAAGGCGUCAUUACAGAUCCCUUGGUGGCCACCAACGGCCACGUGGAUGUCUUCUUUGAUGACAACCGGCCGCGCUUUAUAAAGCCGGCCGUACAACGUAGUGCCGACUCCCGAGGCGAGAACUGGAAAAGAAUGCUCGUACGGACUAUGAAGUCGUGGCUCAAAGAUCUGCCUCUUAUCCUCGUCAAACUCUCCCCACAUACCGGCCUGAAGCGCCAGCUUCGAGCGCAUGCAGCGCAAUCCCUCCGCACUCCGAUUCUUGGCGACUCCACAUACCGCCUCUCGAGUAAGAGCAAAAUGAUGCGCGAUCUCAGGUCUGCCAUGACGAUACCCAAGACUGUAUUUCUUCAUUCAUGGGAGCUGACAGUCACUCGGUACAGCCCGUCGCCCUUCGAGCUCACCAUUCGCGCGCCGCUCCCUGUCCACUUCCUCAACGUCCUGGCCCACGCUCGCGUAGGGAUGUCACUGCCUCGGAAGAAGGGCGACUUCUCGAAAGACUCGCCUGCUGCGAAGCUGCUCUCCAUCGGCGGCAAGUGGUACGGCCCGACACAGUAUACGCAAUUCCAGAAAAAGAAUAAAGCAAAACCUGACUCAAGGUGGAGGCGGCCCAGCAAGCUUCCCGCCUCCCCUUCCCUGCCAGCUUCCUCUCGUGUUGAGGAGUAA